AUUAUUUUUGCUUUCAAACACCAGUUCUAUAUUUAUGCAUAUCCAUGAGCAACUGUCCAUGACAACACUACUACAUACACCCAAAUGAACCUCAACUUGAACAGAAACCCUUUAUUCCCAAUUGCAUCUCUAACAAAGAUGCAAUUAUCCCAAAACCCUAUUUCGCGAUCCAACUAUUCAAAUUCCAUAAACCCUAAUUUCAUCUUCUGCAAUUCGAACUAUUUGUCUCCUCACAAGGUCAAGAAUUUGGGAUUCUCCGCCACAGUUUUCCCAUCUUUAAAGCUCAGAGCUCCCCAUUCGAUUUACUUCAGUGGCACCAGACGUCGCCGUUUUACUCCCUUUGUUGCCGCCGCCAAAAGAGCCUCCAGUUCCGACUACUAUUCUGUUCUCAGUGUCAGUAAAAAUGCCACUCUACAAGAAAUUAAAGCUGCUUAUCGAUCGCUUGCUAGGAAGUAUCAUCCUGAUAUGAACAAGGGUCCUGGUGCUGAAGAAAAAUUUAAAGAAAUAGCUGCUGCUUAUGAGGUUCUGUCAGACUCUGAAAAAAGGUCUGUCUAUGAUCGUUUUGGCGAGGAAGGUCUUCGUGGAGAAUUUGACGCAACAAGUUCUGGUCCACAAGGGGUGGACCCUUUUGAAGUUUUUGCUGAAUACUUUGGUGAACCUAGCAACUUUUUUGGAGGAAGCGGUGAGCAAUCAGGCUUCAACUUUAACUUUAGAGGGAAUAGCAGACAGAAUCUUGACAUUCGAUGCGAUUUGUAUUUGAGCUUCGAAGAAUCCAUUUUUGGGGGGAAACGUGAUGUCGAAGUACCAUAUUUUAAAACAUGUGAUGAUUGUGGUGGAACGGGUGCAAAGUCCAACAGUUGCCUAAAAACAUGUGCUGAGUGUGGAGGUAGAGGACGGAUAAUGAAAACAGAAAAAACACCAUUUGGAGUUAUAUCUCAGGUGACAUCCUGCUCAAAAUGCCAAGGUGUCGGGAAGAUAAUUACUGAUAAGUGUGGCAGAUGCAAUGGCCAUGGCAGAGUUCAAGCACAUAGGAGCAUUGAGGUGGUUAUUCCACCUGGCGUUGAGGAGGGAGCUAGAAUGCAGGUCCGAGGAGAAGGAAAUUCUGAUAGCAUGAGGGGUAUAGCGGGUGAUUUAUAUCUUGUCCUCCAUAUUGAUGAGAAACAAGGAAUUAAGAGAGAUGGUAUGAAUCUAUACUCAAGAGUGGAUGUUGACUAUACAGAAGCAAUCCUUGGGGUUCUUAAAAAGGUUGAUACUGUUGAAGGUAUAAAGGAUCUUCAGAUCCCCCCCGGGACUCAGCCAGGACAAAACUUAAGGCUGCCGUACAUGGGCGUGCCAAAUAUAAGAAAACCUUCUGUACGGGGUGAUCACUAUUUCACUGUGGAUGUUCAGAUCCCAAAGCAUAUAAGUGAUGCAGAACGAGAACUGGUUCAAGGGUUGGCAUCUCUUAGGAAAACUGAAGGUGUUCUUCAAGACAAUAGAGAAGAUGUGGCAGACCAAAGUUCAGACGUCAGAAGCAAAAGUGAAACACAUUGGUUGAAAUCGAUAAAGGAUAUGCUAUGGAGAAGGCAACCCAGGGAAAGAUUCGCAUCAAUCUGCAUCGAUACAUCAACACCAAUGAUGUACACAAAGACCCUAUCAAAGUUGCCUUCUAUGAGUGCUACUUCUGUAAUUUUGUUUUCAUUUGUUCUCACUUUCGUAGUGAGCAAAUCUUGGUGGUCCAAAUUCUGGCAACGAACGAAACAAAUCAGAAACACGGUAAAAGGAUAAAAAUACAACAGUAGUUAAUCUUGCGCUUCCCAUUUCCUGCCGUUGGAGGAGGAAUGCAAUUCAGAAUGUAUACUCAGCUAUUCAUGCAAGGACAUUUGCUGCCUGCUCUGUAGUAUCUUGAGAAUCCAUUGGUAGCCGCUCGACUCUCUAACUGAUUCAGGAGAGGCUAGCUGGGGUGUUUCACGCUUGUGUGAGAAACACAAUUGAGUUUUUGGUGGGUCUACAUGUGGAUGUUGAUGCCAAUCCAUUCAAGUCCUAGUUUGGCAACUGUAUAUUUACCAGAUUUUGAUUAUUGCCUAUGUAUCAACCCAUCAUAAAUUUGGAUAAAAUGCAAUCACCCUUGUAGACACUCUACAUCCCCUAUGUAUACUUUUUUCCUUUCUUGUUACGAAAAAUAUGUGGUGGUUCUCUAGUU